AGCUUCUUUCAUGGCGAUGAAGCUGUAGCCUUAGCUCGACACUUGCCUUCAAAAAAAUGGCUCCCAGGAAGAAACCCAGCUCCAAAUCAAACCAAAACCAACCUAACUCACAGCCUUCCAAGUUCGGCAUCCAACACUUCUUCCUUCGCCACUCCCAAUCUUCCACCUCUCGCCCUAACGACGCUGUUUGCACCCCCGGCCCUAAUCCACCAUCACAGUCUGCUCCACCCCUUCAAAAUCCUACAGCUGCUUGUCCUGAAAAUGUUCUUAUUUCAGCAACUGCUGCACGAAGCAACGCCGUUUCAGCCCCAAAACCUCCACCGUUGGAAUCUGGUUUAGCACUUCAAAACCCUAAAACUGCUCCGAGUUUGGGAAUUGCUGAUGAAAACGAUGCCGUUUCAGCCUCUGGGAACCCUCGGAAAGCUCUGAAUUUGGAUAGUACUGAUCCAAAGAAUGGCCUUUCAACCUCUCAAAACCCUAGCAAUGCUGGUCGAAUUGAAUCUGUUUCAAACUUUGGAAAUGCCCUGAAUUCAGGAACAGCGGAUUCAAACAAUGCAGUUUCUACCAGGAAGAACCCUAGAAAUGCUUUCCCAAGUGCGUCGACAUCAAAUUCACGGAAAACUGAUCCGAAUAACCCCUCCCAGAGUACGCCUCCUGGGAAUAUUCCAGCAAUGGCUAUGGAUGUUGAGGAGAACCCUUCUCAGGUGUCACCUGAGGUUUCCAAGUCCAUGGCACUUAAGCGGUUCAAGUUCUCGCCUGGAAUGUUGAUAAAGCAAAGCCAGGAUGAUGGAGGUGACGAGGUGACAUGGAAGAUCUCUCCUGUGAAUGAGCGGCUUCAAGCAAUGACGAAGAAGCAUGGCCCAGAGGUGAUGAGAGUGUUGGGAGAUGCUUCUAGGUUGAUCUCAUUGAAUUUUAGACAAUGCUCGCAGAAUAAGACUUCUCCUGAUUCAGAAGGCAAACUCGAGAAGUGGCUUUGUUCCCCAACAAUGAAAGCUUCUGAAAAAUCUGUGGUAUUCUCGAAUCGGGUUAGCUUAAAAAGGGUGAAACUGGGUCAAGUCAUGGAUUCCAAUGGAAAUGAAAUUGAUAUGACUGACCCAGGUGUGGUAAGAAAAAGACAAAGUCCUUUUCGAACUCCACCAUCUUUAUCAUAUUGCCACGAGAAGAAUAUUGAUGGUGUUGAUUGCAAAUUGGUAUCUGACCAGAUGGGCUUAAGGCAACACAAAAAGGCAUUGCUUGAACUUUUGGAUCAAGUAGAAGAUGCCAUUUCUGUUGAAGAAUCAGUAUCUAGUGAUGGAGAGGCAUGUUUAUCCAAAGUCCAGUGCAUAAAUGGUGAUGAGAUGCCUCUUAGAGUUGAUCCUGCAUUAAAGAUACCAGAGAUGGGUCCAACAGAAAAGGUCAAUGGGGAAUGUUCCAACAUUAUUUUUCUUGUCUUGGAGGUUUCUGAGAAGCGGGAAUAUGCUGAUUUAUCUGGUGCACAGUGUCCUUCUAAGGUACUUCGCUUACUGAAUGAGAAAACUGGAGAAGAGCAGGCUGUGUCUUUGAGGGAUGAGUGGUUUUAUUCUGUCAUUGCUCCUGGAGAUACUAUACAUGUAAUCGGUAAAUUUGAUGACCAGGGAAAGUGUGAUGUAGACCAUAACAACAAUUUUCUAAUUGUUCACCCUGAUAUACUGGUGUCUGGCACUCGGGUAGCUGCUAGUUUCAGUUGCUCAAGACGAACUGUCCUGGAUGAGAGGCUAAAAUGCAGUGAACAUUCAACUGCAGCAUUGAUAGGUACCUUGCUGCACCAAAUUUUUCAGGCCGGACUUAUUAGAGAGAUUCCUACAAAAGUUUUCUUGGAGGAGUAUGCAAGAAUAGUGGUUCAGAAAAAUCUUGAGAGCUUGUAUGCAUGUGGAGUAAAUGAAGAUGAUAUGUAUAAAACUUUGAUUGAGGCAACUCCAAGAAUACUAAACUGGAUCGUCCUCUUCAAGAAUUCACAGGAGUAUAGAGGUGCUACUGUUGAUUUUGGAUCUGAUGAUGGCUUGAAAAGGGUGAAUGUAUCUGAGGUAAUAGAUAUUGAGGAAAUGGCAUGGGCCCCAAAAUAUGGCUUGAAAGGGAUGAUUGACGCUUCUCUUCGAAUAAAAUUUGAAUCAAACACCAAGGAAGUGAAUGAGAUAAUCAUGCCUUUAGAGUUUAAAACUGGGAAAGGAACUAAAGGCCAGUCAGCCAUGGAACACACUGCACAGGUGAUCUUGUACACUCUCCUUAUGUCUGAGAGGUAUCUGAAACCUAUUGAUUCUGGACUUCUCUAUUAUCUCAAUACAGACCAUACACAGGGCAUUGCAGUUAAAAGAUCAGACUUGGUUGGUCUAAUUAUGCGUCGCAAUGAACUUGCAAAAGAUAUUCUAAAGGCAUCAAUGAUGCAGCAACUGCCUCCAAUGUUGCAGAGUCCAAGCAUGUGCAAAAGUUGUCGCCAUCUUAAUGCUUGUACAAUCUAUCAUAAGGCACAUGGGGGAAGCAUGGAGAGCAGCGGACUGGGAGAUUUGUUUGAUUCAAAUGUUAACCACUUGACAACUUCUCAUUUUGCUUUCCUUCGUCAUUGGGAUUGGUUAAUCGACUUAGAAGCUAAAGAGAUGGAGGUCAUGAAGAAAGGCAUUUGGCGUUCACAUAGUUUAAAAAGAGAUCCCUCAACUAGUUGCUUAUCUUCUAUUGUUCUUGAUACUUCAAAUAACCACCCACAGAAAAACUCGUUUAAGGACAACAAAUUCAUUUACCGAUUUGUGCGUCAAAAUGUACCUAGUUUUCAUGUGAAAGAGCAUAAUGAAGAUUCUUUGCCAUCUGUCUCUUCUCCUGCAAAUGAUUUGGAUUGCACACUUAGAAAUGGGGAUUAUGUGAUACUUAGCACUGAAUCUGGACAUCUAGCACUUGCAAGUGGAGUCAUAACAGAUAUCAGUCGCUUCCAUGUCUAUGUUUGUUUUUCCAAACGCUUAAGGCUUCCUUGGAGCAAACGAUCUUCAGAGGAACAGGAUCUCCUUGGUGAGGUCUUUCGGAUCGACAAGGAUGAGAUUGUUACUUCAUUUGCAGUUAUGAGGUUCAACCUUAUACAACUCUUUCUACAAAGCAUGCAAGGUUCUCAUCUUAGGAAGAUGAUUGUUGACCUUGAGGUUCCUAGAUUUGAUGGUGGCUGCAUAUUCAGUCAAGAUCCAGCAAUAUCUUAUAUACGUUCUGAAAAGAGUUUGAAUAAUGAUCAACGCCAAGCCAUACUCAAGAUACUCACAGCAAAGGAUUAUACUCUAAUUUUAGGAAUGCCUGGAACAGGCAAGACAUCCACUAUGGUGCAUGCUGUGAAGGCCUUGUUGAUGAGAGGUGCAUCCAUUUUGCUUACAUCCUACACAAACUCAGCUGUUGAUAAUUUACUAAUCAAAUUAAAAGCUCAGAACAUAGAUUUUGUGCGUAUUGGAAGACAUGAAGUGGUGCAUGAAGAAAUUCAAGGGCAUUGCUUUUCAGGAAUGGACAUACAUAGUGUUGAAGACAUUAAACUAAGAUUAGACCAAGUCAGCGUUGUUGCAGUUACUUGUUUGGGGAUAACUAAUCCCUUGCUUGCCAACAAGAGGUUUGACAUAUGCAUCAUGGAUGAAGCUGGGCAGACCACCCUCCCAGUAUCCUUAGGGCCCUUGAUGUUUGCUUCAAUAUUUGUCCUUGUUGGAGAUCAUUAUCAACUACCUCCACUUGUUCAGAGUGCUGAGGCUCGGGAAAAUGGAAUGGGAAUAAGCCUGUUUUGCAGGCUCUCAGAAGCACACCCUCAAGCAAUUUCGGCAUUGCAAAGCCAGUACCGCAUGUGUCAAAGCAUUAUGGCACUAUCAAAUGCCUUGAUAUAUGGUAACAGACUGCGUUGUGGUUCCUCACAAAUAGCGAAUGCAAGACUCAAGUUUUCAAGUUCAAAUUCUAUUUCGUCAUGGCUAAAGGAGGCUUUGGAUCCUGAAAGGCCGGUUAUAUUUAUUAAUACAGAUAUGUUGUCAGCUUUUGAGGCAAAGGAUCACAAGACUGUUAAUAACCCAAUUGAAGCUUGCAUCAUUUCAGAGGUGGUAGAAGAAUUGGUCAACAAUGGCAUUGAAGGGGAAGAUAUUGGCAUCAUUACACCCUAUAACUCACAGGCAAAUCUCAUCCGACAUACUGUUUCCACAACCUCUGUGGAGAUAAAUACUAUUGAUAAAUACCAGGGAAGGGAUAAAGACUGCAUUCUGGUAUCAUUUGUAAGGUCCAGUGAAAAUCCAAGGAAUUGUACUUCAUCGCUGCUUGGUGACUGGCAUAGGAUUAACGUGGCGCUUACACGUGCCAAGAGGAAGUUAAUCAUGGUAGGUUCAUUUAGAACCCUCUCUAAAGUACCACUGUUGAGGCUUCUCAUUGAGAAGGUUGAGGAGCAGUCUGGCAGAUUAAAUGUUUCCUUGAAGGAUAUCAACUACAAGGGAGAGCUGAAAAGAUGUUCCCAGUUGAGAUGAGUGUAAAAUUUUUUUUGCCACUUCUCAUAUUUUUUCAGUGUUAUGGGAAAUUUUGUGAUUAUUCUUGUAACAUUUCCAGAAAUCAGAAUUGUAGAUAAAAUAUAUCUCAUGUAGAAAAAUUCAUCUUCAUUAGAACAAUAUUAAGCUUUCUUGAAAUAUCACAGAAAGAAUGAGGGAAGUGAAAAGAUGAGUGUCAAAAUUGCUUGAUGAAGGAAUUCAUUUUUGUUUGCUUGGUGAA